AUGAACGGAAAUACGGAUCAAAUCGAUCUCUAUGAGAUCCUGAGUGUUCCGCGAGAUGCAAGUAAUGCUGAGAUCAAGAAAGCAUAUCACAAGGCAGCAUUAGCACAUCAUCCGGACAAAGUCGCCUUCGAAGAUCGAGAAGCCGCCGAAGCCAAAUUCAAAGCUGCCUCGCAAGCUUACGAAAUCCUCCAUGAUGACGAGAAACGCGAGAUGUACGAUACGCACGGGAUGGCGGCUUUUGACGGCUCAAGAGGACCGGGCAUGGCGGGUGGCCCAGAUCUAGAGGAGCUCUUUUCCUCGAUGUUCGGUAUGGGUGGCAUGGCCGGCAUGGGAGGCGCCAGAGGAGCGCGGAAACCGAAGAAGAGUCCAAGUGAGCAACAAAAGUAUGAGGUGACAUUGGAGGAUCUCUACAAAGGCAAGAACGUCAAGUUCAACUCUUCGAAGCAGAUCCUGUGCCCAGCUUGUAAAGGAACCGGGGGCAAAGAGAAGGCCAAGGCAACAAAAUGCAGCAACUGCAAGGGUCAAGGUAUCCGCCAGGUGUUGAGACAAGUUGGCCCAGGAAUGCUCACGCAGGAGACUGUCGAGUGUUCGGCUUGCGGCGGUCAGGGAGAGGUGUUCAAUGCUAAGGAAAAGUGCAAGAAAUGCAAGGGAAACCGGACAGUCGAAAGCAAGACCCAGCUCGAGAUUUACAUCCCACGCGGCGCCAAAGAAGGAGAUACCAUCCUUCUAGAGGGUGAAGCAGACCAUGUCCCAGGUGCACAAGAGCCAGGAGAUCUCAUCUUCCACCUUCAACAGCUACCUCACCCCACCUUCCAACGCGCUGGGCCAGACCUAUCCGCAAAACUCGAAAUCACUUUGGCCGAAGCACUCACCGGAUUCCACCGCGUUGUCGUACAGCACCUCGACGGUAGAGGUAUCGAGCUGCAGCAUCCCAGGCAAGAAGGCCAGAUCCUCCGACCUGGCCAAGUGCUUCGGAUACCCGGAGAAGGCAUGCCCCACAAACGCAGCGACGCCAAGGGCGACCUCUACCUUACUGUCGACAUCCAAUUCCCACCCGAUGGCUUCCUCAGCGACCAACAAGCCCUCGAGCAACUCCGCUCAAUCCUCCCACCACCUCCCCCACCAGUCCAAGCCGACGAGGUCGAUGAGGUGGACUACGAACCUAACGCUUCGAUGGAAGAUUUCGGCGGCCGCGACGCAGCAGAGGGAUGGGAAGAUGAGGACGACGAGGCGCGUGGCCCGCAAGCCCAGUGUACGCAGCAGUGA